AUGCCAAGCAAAAUCGCAACACCCGAGGAGUACCUCCCAGCCCACCUCGCGCUCCUCGCCAAAGAAAAACAACUCAGGGAGCUAUCCUCCUCUGUUGCCGCCGAGCGGCGUGCUCUCCCCAUGGUCCACAUAAUCAAACCCUACGCUUUCACCAGUCCCACUGGCCCAACCACCCUCAAAGACCUCUUUGGGACUAAAUCCCAACUGAUCAUCUACCGCUACAUGUUCGAACCUACCGCUGAGGAAGGUUGCCAAGGUGGCGCCAAAAGAGUAUAA